AUGACGGUCAGCAAGGAUUCCGGGCACGAGUUCACCGUUUUUAGAGGAACAAAAGAUGGCAAAAUAGCCCGGGAUGUCACUCGAAAAGGUGAGUUGAAAGGCGACGAAGUGCUCAUUCGCGUUACGCAUUCAGGCCUUUGCGGAACGGAUUUGCAUUAUAGGACCGCCGGCUGUGUGCUUGGGCACGAGGGCGUUGGAAUUGUUUCUGAAAUAGGCCCAGACGCCGCGGUGCUGAAAAGAGGAGACCGAGUGGGCUGGGGCUAUCUCCAAAAGUCCUGCACACACUGCAAGCAAUGCAUCAACGCCCAGCAAGUGUAUUGCCCCGACCGCCAGACCUUUGGUAGCAGCAACACCGAUCAAGGCUCCAUGGCCUACGCGGCGAUAUGGAACGAGGCCUUCCUUUUCAAAGUGCCCGACUCGAUGGAGAGCGCCGUCGCAGCACCGUUGAUGUGCGCUGGAGCCACGGUAUUCAGUCUCUUUGACCAGUUCAACAUCAGGCCCUCUGAUCGUGUCGGGAUAAUUGGGCUCGGCGGGCUGGGCCAUAUCGCGGUUCAAUUCUCAAAGAGCAUGGGCUGUCAAACGGUGGUGUUCUCCGGGACGCACGAUAAGAAGGAAGAGGCGCUGUCGCUGGGCGCCAACGAGUUCUAUGCCACACGCGGCGUCAAGGAAUUCAACGACAUUGAGCAGAUCGAUCAUUUGAUCGUCACAUCCAGUGCUCAGGUGGAAUGGUCUUUAUACCUACCGCUCCUCGCGCCCCGCGGGGCCAUCUACCCCGUCACCGUGGCAUUUGGGGAUUUUACAAUUCCAUAUAUGCCGCUGCUGGGCAAGGGGCUCCGCAUCUUGGGCUCAGCGGUAGCUUCAUUACCAGUGCACCAGCGGAUGCUUGAUUUUGCGGCCCAGCAUAGGAUUAGGCCCCUAAUUGAGCUUUUCGAUAUGAACGAGGAAGGGAUUGAAAAAGCCAUGGAUCGGCUAGCAGAUGGAAAGGUGCGCUAUCGGGUGGUUCUGGUUGCUCCCGAGGGCGCUCAAGCGUAG